UUUAGAUGGUAACAAAAAUAUGGAUUUGAAAUGACAUAACUCAAUUUUCAUUGAUGAACAAUAAGAAGAAGAAGAAGAAGAACCUUCAUCCUUUUUCCAAACCCUUGAUUCAAAUCUAGAAGAAAAUGGCAACGGAGAGAUUCUCUUCUCGGCCACCCACAUCUCAAGAAGAAAACGCUCUAUUUCUGGAUAUACUUCAUGAAGCUCCUUUAUUUGCUCAUCGCAAACCUGCAAGGAUUUUUGGGAGUGUUUUGUAUUGCAUACUACUGGCAGGUUAUACUACUUUGGCUGUAGGAGCUCAAUGGAUAUUUCGGCCUGUGCAAGGAUUGAUUUCUCCAGUGUUAUGUAGUUGUGAUGUUCUUCUUUUGCUGUUGACAGGGAUCUUUCAACAAUAUCUGGUUUAUCAAGUGCAGAAGAUACGAUUGCAGGGCUAUUAUAGUUUCAGCCAGAAGUUGAAAUUUAUCGUUCGCAUACCCUUUUCCAUUACAGCUUAUGGAACUGCUGCAAUGCUACUUGUUAUAGUCUGGAAACCUUACACUGGUUCUCUGUCAAUCUCUGGAAUAUUGAGGAUUAUUAUGGUUGUCGAAGCAUUAUGUGCUGGAUGUUUUAUGAGCCUUUACAUUGGAUACAUACACCAGUACAAUUCAUUGAACUCCCAUCCUGAUGUUCUGAAGUCCUUGUAUUCACCACUACAACCAGCAAGUUCUUUGGAGGGUCUAAGGUACUAUGAUGGUAGGCUCUCUGAUCAGCAAAUGGCUUUGUUACAAUAUCAGCGUGAAAAUCUUCAUUUUUUGAGUGAGGAGAUUCUUCGUUUGCAAGAGUCUUUGAGCAAAUAUGAAGGAACUGAUGAUCGAAGCACACCUCAGGUUGACCUUGCUCAUCUACUAGCCGCUCGUGACCAAGAAUUGCGUACAAUUUCUGCCGAGAUGAACCAAGUACAAUCUGAACUAAGGCUUGCAAGGUCCUUGAUUGCUGAAAGGGACUCGGAGAUCCAACGUGUCCGCACGACUAACAAUCAGUAUGUAGAAGAGAAUGAAAGACUCAGAGCUAUUUUAGGAGAAUGGAGCACCCGAGCUGCCAAGCUUGAGCGAGCAUUGGAGGCCGAGCGGAUGUCAAAUAUUGAAUUGCAAAGAAAGAUUCCAACAGUAAGAAGUCAAACACAUAUGUCGGUAGAAGCAACUGAUCAAGGAGCAUAAUUCACUAACUAGGUAAAUGGACAGAACCAGCGCUGUUGUGUGAAGAUCCAAUGUACCUUGUUCAUGUAGAGCAUUUCACCUUGUUCUCACUUUUAUAAACAUGCAGUGAAUUUGUAUCCACAGAGCCAUUGCUGUUUUGUGGAGAUCCAAUGUACAUAUAUUAGCUCCAAACAGGGUUUUAUUUUUGUGCUAAGAGAAUUGACAAUGAUCAAGUUUGAUUUUAA